AUGUAUCCUCCUAUCGAGCCAUACGAGACCGGGAGGCUCAAAGUGUCGGAGGUACAUACCCUCUACUACGAAGUGAGCGGAAACAAGGAGGGGUCUCCAGUCGUCUUCCUUCACGGUGGUCCCGGCUCUGGGACGGACGCCAAGGAUCGUUCGUUCUUCAACCCAGCAAAAUACAAGAUUGUUCUCUUUGACCAAAGAGGCGCAGGAAAGUCCACACCAUCUGCUGUUACGGAGGAGAACACCACAUGGGACCUUGUCAAGGACAUUGAAAGAAUUCGCGAGCUACUCAAUAUCGACAAAUGGCACGUUUUCGGAGGCUCCUGGGGAUCUUCGCUUUCACUGGCAUAUGCUCAGGCACAUCCCAAUCGUGUUAAGAGCCUUAUACUUCGUGGUAUCUUCACCCUCCGAAAGAGUGAAUUGAGGUUCUUCUACCAAGAUGGUACUUCGCAUUUGUUCCCCGAUGCAUGGGAAGAUUACCUCGCCCCCAUUCCCCAGGCUGAGCGUCACGACAUGAUUCUUGCUUAUCAUGCCCGGCUCAACUCGGUAGACGAGGAAGUGAGGCUUAAUGCUGCUAAGGCAUGGUCUAAAUGGGAGAUGGCCACCUCUAAACUGUAUGUCGACCCAAAGCAACUUGCGCAGGUUGAGAACGACACUUGGGCCAACGCUUUUGCUAGAAUAGAGAAUCACUAUUUCAUCAACGAGGGUUUCAUGAGAGAUGGCCAGCUUUUGGAGACACAAGAAAUUGACAAGAUCCGUCAUAUCCCUACUCUCGUCGUGCAGGGGAGAUAUGAUGUAGUAUGCCCGGCAACGACGGCCUACGCCCUGAAGAAGGUGUGGCCUGAAAUUGAACUGCAGAUAGUUUCAGAUGCAGGGCAUUCAGCUCGCGAACCAGGGAUCGCCAAGCUGCUGGUAGAGGCGACGGACAAAUUUUCGAACCUCUGA